UAACGUCAUUUCCCGCCAAAACGUCCCUUCCCAUGGUGCAUCGGUGAAAUGGUAAGGUCACGUGGCACAAGUGGUCAAAAUGGCGACGGCGAUGUAUUUGGAGCACUACCUGGACAGUAUUGAAAACCUGCCCUUUGAGCUGCAGAGGAACUUUUCUCUGAUGAGGGACCUGGACCAGCGAUCUCAGGAUCUGCGAGGUGAGAUUGAAAAGAUGGCUGAAGAUUACGUCUCGGAUGUCAAAGGGCUGUCCCCUGAGAAGAGAGUAGAGCGACUGAAGAAUAUUCAGACUGCUUUUAAUAAGAGUAAAGAAUUUGGUGAUGACAAGGUUCAACUGGCCAUGCAGACUUAUGAAAUGGUUGACAAACACAUCCGGAAGCUGGAUGCAGACUUGGCCAGAUUUGAAGCAGAACUGAAGAACAAAACUGUAGAUUCUCCCACAGCAGAUCCAGGACCAUCGGGAAAAAGCAACAAACGAGGCAAAAAGCAAGACAAGAGCACCAGCAAGAAGGGUUCUCAGAAAAAAGGUCGCUUGUCUGAUGAUGAGACACCGAAGCUCAACAAAAAGAAGCAGAAAACAUCACAUACAAAAGUGGAAGCUGCCCAGCCUGUGAUCCUGCCAUCCCUGCCUGUAGCCUUCACUCACCCCUCAGACGUACUGGACAUGCCUGUGGACCCUAACGAGCCCACGUACUGCCUGUGUCAUCAGGUGUCGUAUGGAGAGAUGAUCGGCUGUGAUAACCCUGAUUGUCCAAUUGAAUGGUUCCACUUCGGAUGUGUGGGUCUUACAACAAAACCCAAAGGGAAAUGGUUCUGUCCAAAGUGCACCUUGGAGAGAAAGAAGAAGUAAAAAAACAAACAACGGACAUGUAUCCACAAGUGAACCCCUCAUCCUGGACAGACAGUAAAUGUUGUACAGGUAGAGAUGUAUAGCUGAGGACAGCACAUAUUGUGCCAUGUGUUUGUAGACUCCAUAUUUGUGCAGCUGUCAUGUCAGGAUGGGCCAGUGGCAGCGCUGACAUCACCAUGCUUCGUGAUAACUGAACAAAAAAAGCCAGUAAAAUGAACAGGGAGGUUUGGGCAGCUGAUAAUAGUCAACAAAUCUAGGAAGCGGUAAAAAUUUGUUUCACACCCCAAAUACUACAGUAUGUGAAGUCUCUUCCCUUAGACUUGUAUGCUAAUCAUGUGUCCCGUGAAUGUUAAUUACAACAGAGGAAUAUCAUAACGGCAUUUCUGAACGUUUUGAACUCACAAAGUGGAGUUUAUUGGCUCUAGAAUGGCUUCAGAAUGCAAGGCAAAGCCCAUGGCUUCCCAAUCUUCUCCAGACAUGGUUGGGAGUUCGUUGUGAGCAUCUGUGGUUGGGAGUUGGUUGGCAAGGUUGCCUAAUUUUGCCUAGUGGUCUCUGAAAGUCAUCUGUGCCAGGCAAGUGAAUUUUGAAAAAAAUCAAAGUUUCUAAAGUCAUCUUCUGCUUGGAUGCUCUCACAUGAGCAACUGAAGCUAGUAUAUCAUGGAUACCAGCCUAAUAAAUGUAGAAUGUGUGCCCUGGUAUGAUGAGUGGAAGCAGUAAAUAUAUUGAAAAACACACGUAAUGGAAAUCAGACACUAUUUUUCUGAAUCAAAAUUAUUGUAAUCAUUAUGGUUAAUCAAGGUCUGAUAGAAGCAGUGGAUAUUAAAAGAUGAAAAUCGGGCGUCCUGUAUGAGAUCUGAGAUGAGCUAUGAGAUUAUUAACAGAUAAAGCUGGCGCUUGACUCUGUAUCAGAGAAGUAUGUAACUAUAUUCUGCAUGAAAUUUACCCAGCGACUUUAUAGUAUGAAUCAGUUACCUGCAAAUACAUGAGACAAGAUCACCCCUGAAAAAUAAUAAACUAACCACAAGAAGCCUUUUGUAUCUAACAAUGUUACUAGUACAGUACAUGUAGGCACAGCACAGCCCUCCCCUAAACCUGUGUAGUCUGCUGUUUCUAAUAGAAAUAUAAUGCUUGUGUUAUUGGGAACAGAGUUACUGUGUAGAAGUUUCCCAUGUGGUACAUCUUACCCUUCAAUCCUCAAUCCUACGUUCAUGUAAUGUUAGUAGAAUACCUGUAUCAAUAUCAUUUGGGUUUCUUUUACCACCACCAUGCUGAUACUUCACAAUUUGUUCUCCAACUGUACAUGUAUAAAUGUACAAUGUAUAUUAUGUGUAUAUCAGCCAAUCUGUGUGUAAAAAGGUGUCUAUUUAGAAUAUCAGUGGUGCUCAAACCAAGAUAUUGAAAGUCAAACUUGACUCAUGAAUGGUAUUAGACUAACGGUCAAUGUUUGCCAGUGUUUCUAUUUUUUUGUUGAUGUUUGAUUGAAAAGAUUUGCCUUCUUUCAAACUUGUACAUGUGCAAAAUGUGUGGAAAAGUUUGACUGUUCUCUAAUUCAAGAUGGACUUACCGGGAUUUUGUACAAAAUGCAUUUUAAUUCCUCUUGUGGACAUACAUUAUGUGUUAGAUUUUAGCAGAAAUAUCAUUUUUACUGUUCAGAAUGAAUGGUUUUGUCAGUCACCACUGAUGUAACAUGAUUGUAGUAUUUUGCAUUUGUUUUGUCUACAUGCCUGAAACACAUACACAUGUACAAGAGAGGCCUACAGUUUAUAACCCUCAUGUUAUGUAAAUAAAUGUCAAUAAACCAUUGUUUAU